UCACAAUCGCUCCCAUAACUCUCUCUCUCUCGAUGAUGAUGAUGAUUUUGUAACUGGGGAGAAAGUCUUGGCAAAGCGUUGCUCGAGUAACUUUGUUCCCGUUAUUUUUUGUUUUGUUCCGAUGGUUGUGGCCACGUUCGACUGAGGUGGAGGACUUGAAAGGAACGGAGAAGAAGGGGAGAAAAAAAACAACCCGCGACAACAUUGGAGCGCCUGUCGACCCGUGUGUAGCUUCGCUUAAAAAUUAAAAUCACGCAAACAGCGAGAGACUCACAACUUGGGCCCAGGUCAACAGCACACACACACACACGUACACACAUACAAAGAGAAACGAAUCUAAAAGUUAGUUCCGAUCAUUUGAUUGAUCAAGUACAGCAUCGGCACAGACGAGCGGACGCAUAUGGACCUCGUGAGCUGCAGUUCAACUCCAGCAGUGGAGAAGUGACCUUCAUCAUCAUCAUCACAGCCACCAGCCACCACCAUCAUCAUCAACACCAAGGGAGGCAUCCUCCACCCACACACCCAUCCCGGAUCAUGGCUCCGGCUGAAGUCCCCGGUGCUCCGUUGUUGGUGCUGCUGGUCGCCCUGUGUUGCCUGGGCCCUCUCGGAACGACAGCCAAGGGACACUUCGGCUCCCCGUACCGAAUGAGCCUCUACUCCGCGCCGUCCCCUCCCGUGCGUUCCCCUCCCCGACACAGGAACUGGUGCGCACACGUGGUGACCCGGACCAUCUCGUGCGCCGUCAUCAACGGCACCGACUCCUACGUGAAGGCCGAGCGUAGGCCCUGCUCCUGGCCCAAGGGCAAGUGCCAGCGGCCGCUCAUGUACCGCACGUACCUACGCCCGCACUACAAGCUGGGCUACAAGACGGUGAGCGAGAUCGAGUGGCGCUGCUGCCCGGGAUUCGGCGGGGACAGCUGCCUCGACCGCGUCGGGGGAGGGGCCCCCCCCCCAUCGGGUUCAGUGCCUGGAGCCGGCUUCGUCAAAGGCGUCCCCACCGGUGGGGGGCCUUUCAAAGUGGGGGGCCCAGCCUCGAAGGUGCCGGGGGCCAUGGUGCCAGGGCCCCCCCCGGGCGGGGCUCAGGGUGACCCAACCAAACCGGGCUUCAAGCCCAAGUAUCCCCCGAAAAGCGGCAGGCCCCUCAUGGACAUCUACGGUGAGCGCAUCGAUCGGCUGGAGGAGGCAGUGCGGCGCGUGACGCUGGUGCUCGAGCAGACGCAGGGCUCGCUGGUGGGCAUGACGGACGGCCUGCGUGCCUCCCUGCACGCGGACGCGCGCCACAUGAUCCAAGCGCUCAUGGGUGGCGUGGUGCACGAGCAUGGCGCCGGCCCUCCCCAUGGCGAGGCGCCCGACUCCGUCGUGGGCUUCGAGGCCGUGCCUCCCGACCACCGUCACGAGAUCGUGCCCGGCGGAGACAAGACUCCUGGGAUGUAUGCCGAGCCGUACCCGGACGUCAUGGCGAAGGUGGUGGCGCUGCGGGAGGAGCUGCGGGAGCGCGACCGCGCGCUGGCCGAGUUGCAGGCCACCGUGGCCGGGCAGGCGCAGCAGAUCCAGCGCCUGGCCGACAGGAUCCCCCAUCACCCGCCUGCCCCUCCGCCGCAGCAGCAGUUCCCCCACCCCGACCUUGCCGUGCUUGACUCCCUGCUGGGCGACCGUAUCCUGCAGCUCAAGGGCGAAAUCUUCAACGGCGUGGACGAGCGCAUGAACGGUCACGGCGGCGGCGGCGGCCACGGCGGUGGCCACGGCCUGUGCUCGUGCGACUCGCAGCUGGCGCUGCUGGAGCAGCGGGCGCAGCGGGCGCAGCUGGCGCUGCAGGAGCACGUGAACGCGACGCUCUCCGCCUUCCACGGCGAGCUGCAGGGCGUUCGCACCGACGCGGACGGCGCCGCCGCCUGCUGCGCCGGCGCCGCCGCCACGCUCGACGGACGGCUCGCCGACCUCGAGAGAGGGGUGCUGGGCGGCCCCGGCGUCAUCGCGGGCGCCGUCAUCACGGGGGAGGUGGUGGCGCUGGACGCCCGUCUCGACGGGCUGGAGGCGCGGAUCAACGCGUCCGACACGUGCCUGCCAGAGCGCUGCUCCCACCUGCGGGACUUCCUCUCCGGCCUCGUGGCGGGCGAGGCGGCCGACCUCAAGUCCCAGCUCGAGCGGACGACGCUCAGCCUGGAAGUUCGCAUCGCCGACGCCGCGCGGCAACAGCAGCCUCCUGGCGGCGGCGGCGGCAGCGGUACUGGCGUCGGCGUCGUCGUGACGACCGAGGGGGCGGCCGCUAAUGGAACGGACGCCGCCGUGCCCCAGGAUGGCGGCUGCUGCACGGACGACAACCGCGUGGAGCACGUCCUGGCACGGCUGUCGGCGGUGGAGGUCGGCGUGGCGUCGCUCAAUGCCAGCGUGCGGCGCUGGGAGCAACGCGGCGGGGGCGCCGGGGAGGACGCCGUCGAAUACGGGGAUUUUGGCGCCGUGCAGGGAGAGAUCACGCUGCUCAAGCUCAACUUCAGCACCAUCAACCGCACGCUGCGAGGCCUGCGCGACUCGGUGAGCGAGUACCGCGUGGAGAGCGCACGGCGCGUCAACGAGUCGGUGACGCAGGCGGAGCAGCGCCUCGAUGGGGAGGUGCAGCAGGUGCGGCGGCUGCUGGGGGAGCAGGCGAGCCGGCUGGCGCGCGAGGACUGGCGCGUGCGGCGCCUGCAGGGCCAGCUUGGCCUGGUGGCGCAGCGCGUCGCCUCUGACGGGGCGACGCGCUGCAGGGAGGGCUCCCAGAAGAGCAGCCAGGGUUUGGCGGACGGCGGCUGCUUCAAGUCCGAGGGGGCGGCACCGGGAAAAAAGGAGACGCCGGCCGCGGCGGCUCUCAAGGAAGGCCCAGCCGUCCGGGACAGGGCCGCGAUGAUGCGGGCGGCGUCCGUGGAAGGGGCGGCGAUGGGAGAGAGGGCGGCGAUGGGAGAGAGGGCGGCGCUGGGCGAGGUGGCGGCGGCGGCGAUGGGGGUGACGUCCGUGGAGGGCAUGGUGGCGGGCGAGAGGGCGGUGACUUCGCGGCAGCAAGGGGCGACGCUCCGAGACGACAGGGCCAUCAGAGCCAGGGCCGCAAUGAUGCGGGCGGCCUCUGUGGAGGGGGCGGCGAUGGGAGAGAGGGCGGCGCCGGCGGAAAGGGCGGCGCCGGUGGAGCGGGCGGCGCCGGCGGUGGCGGCGCCGAUAGCGACGGCCUCCGUGGACGGGGCCCCCUCGGUGGCUCGGGCGGCCUUCGUGGAGGGGGCGGCGCUCCCCGAGGAGCGGGCGGCGGGGCCGGCCGUCACGUCGGGCCCCAAGGUGCAGGCGGCCGCCCUGCUGGAGAUGCGGCGCGAGGUGGCGGCCGUGCGGGAGGCCCUGGGCCGCCAGGGCGAGCGGCUGUGGGCCGGCGUCGAGGCCGUCAACGCCACGCUGAGGGCGCAGGCGGCUGACGUGGCCGCGCUGGAGGCCGCGGUGGAUCACCGCGGGCCCACGACCUCGCCGCCCCUGCCCAUGCCUGUCGCCGGGUUCCCGGUGCACGAGUUCCACCGAGCUGCGUUCUCGGCGGCGUUGACUCGGUCAUCGCCCCGGGGUCGCGUCGUCGCGUUCGACAAAACUUAUGUGAAUGACGGACAGCACUACGACCCAGACACAGGGAUUUUCCGCGUUCCGUACGACGGACGCUACUUCUUCAGCGGCACCCUUGUGUCGGCGGACGGGCAGGGCGUCGUGGCGUGGCUGUCAGCAGCCGGUCGCACCGUGGCUCAGGUGGACACGGCGAAAAUAUCCAGCCAUUCGGAGCCCGGCUUCAUCAACGGCAGCCGUUCGCAUCACGCCAAAGACACAAAGGAAGACGGCGUGGAGGAGAGAGAGGAGGACGAGGACGAUGAGGAGGAAGUGGACGAGGCGGAAGGAGGAGUCGGUGGGGAAGAAGAGGGAAACCGCCUCAUCGGUGGAAACGUCCGCCGGCAGUCCGACCGCAACGCGGCGGAGCGACGCGCGACGCACGACAGUGGCGGCGGCGGCUCGGGCCCCGGCGUGUUCGGCGUCAUCCUGAGCCUGAGCGUGGGCGACCUCGUGUUCGUCGAGGUGGCGAGCGGCGAGGUGGCCUCCUCCGAUCGGCCCUUCACCACUUUCAGCGGGGUGCUGCUCUACGAGACGCCGGCGGCGGCGGCGGCGGGCAGGUAACUCGGCGGGCUCCACUCGCCCAAAGUUGGUUGGCUGCUGCUCCGACGUCGCCGCGGCCGCCCUCUGGAGGGCGCCCUCGACGCUGCCGACGGCGGUUUGGGACAGCGCCGCCUGGGAGAGAGAGAGCGACGCUCGGACCAAUUAGGCAGCGAUGGUGCGAGCAACCGUGCUGGAGCGCCCCAUCUGCUCGCACGGGGAGUGGGUAACUAAUUCCUUGCGGAGGGCCGAAUCCAUCAUUAUCAUCAGCAGCAGCAGCCAUUGUCUAUCCGCUGCUGGAUGAAGUCCUCCCCAUGCCGUCAACCAUCCCUCACAGACCAGCGCUGCCACCGUCCAUCUCAGUCCUGCACGUUCCAUUACCAACCUCGUCCAUCGGCCAGAAGGCCGAAUAGAACUUGCAAAUACCUUUGGUGGCCAAUGGUACAUUAACACACACACAUCUCAGUCGCUCCUGCCUGUGACUGAGCGUGCGAAAUUUGAAAACACAGACUUGUUGCCAGCUCGAAAAUAUUGCCUCCUCCGGCACCCAAUUAAAGUACAAACAAACUACAACUCCGUCGUGUGCCUCCACAUAUAUACAGUACCUUCAAAUGACUAUUUAAACCGUCGGCCUAUUGGCUAGGCUAUCGUGGGGACACACAAUGGGGUUCUGCUUGUGUAGUACUCUUGUAUCCAUGAUGCACCUGGGUCACAGCCGGUUCUAAGUGGAAGCCUGGUAUUGGCCGUGGGCCGCAUGGAGCGAGGUUGUGGGCUCAUUCUGACCCAUGGGGCAUCGGCGUCCCCAGCGCUGAGCUCGCCACUGGCUUCCAUGACCGAUCACGUGGUCAAGGAGCAACUCGCGAAUGGCCGUAGUCGUCGUCGUCACCAUCAUUUGACCGGGAGAUUCAAUUCAGGCCCCUUGAGACGCGUGAUGCAUUGCCUCUUUUUGGAAAGCGCGAGCUCUCACGUCAAUUCGUUUAGGACACUGCAGCACAUUUAAGAAGAGUUGAAAUGUAACUAAUCUGGACUAUUUUUAUUAUACAUGUUAUUUGCAAUUUUAAUAUAGUUCAAUUGAGUGAUUUUGCAAGACGCUCAUGCCAAGGUUCCCCAAACUCCAAUCCUCGUGAACCACCCCCCCCCCACACCAAGUUUUUUUCCCCACGUCUACAAAUGUAUUUCUACCACUCAAAUACAAAUCAACUUGUUCCAUGCUACACCGCGCCCGAUGAUUGUUAAACACGUACUACGUGGCCUGAUCAGCAAUUGACUGGGUCGAUUAAGCCGAUUCCAAUGAAGAUUGAGCUCACAGCAGUGCAUGUGUACACGUGUUCCACACUGCCGCAGACAGCCGGUAAUUGCUCGACUGCCGCAGCACGUGGGCGUGUUUAACAAACAUCGGGCGCGUGCAGCGUGCAACGAGUUUAUUUGAAUGGGAGGAGUCAAAUUGGUGAAGGCGGAAAGACGGAGUGUGGUGGGUACAGCUUUCCGUGACGACCAGCCAUUGGGCGCGGCGUGUGUGGUGUGCGCAGUGGCUUAAUUGGCAUGUGAAUCGAAAAGAUUUUGUAAACGCCUAAACGCGGACCGUGACGGGCCUCGUGCCUUCGUGGCUCCAGGUUGACAAGACCACAGAGUCCAGCUCUGGUUUGCCAGGCUCCGAUGAUGACAUUGAAGCAUCAUGCAGGCGAAAGUUAAUUGAUAAUUAAUGGGAACACAAAGGCAACGUGUGGUGAUAGUGAUGCACCAGCGCUGGGCUUCCACCAGACUAGUUUUUUUUGGGAAGCUGUGUACUGAAAUGAAAAAAGCCAAUGUCAGCACACUACAGUGUCGGAGCUUGUGGGACUUCUGUGUGAGUUACUGGACAUCUACGAUAUUCUAUGGGUCUCUGUGUGCCUCUGCCAGCACAUUUAAUGUGUGCCACGUUUCCAUGAUUUUAUCAACCUGAGUUGGCUGCCAUUUUGAGCCGGAGCCUGAAUUCCCCGUGCUGAUUUUACUUUACGGCACAAAGGACCUGUAUUAGAUGGUUAUCUAGUCACUACUCGGAGUAACGGUUAACGUUAACAUUUCGCCAUGGUGGCGAGAUGUUAACUACCUCGCCUGGUAUACAGGAGGUCGUGUGUUUGAUCCCUACCCUGACGGCUGUAUAUUUGGAGUUUGCAUGUUCUCUCUCCCCGUGGUUGCGCGGAUUUUUCUCCGGGUCCUCCGGUUUUCCCCUCCACAUUUAGAAACAUUCAUUACGAGUAUUUGGCUGCUAUAAAUUUCUGCGUGAUAAGCAACUUCGUUGAGCUCUCAUUUGUGGCUGGGUCACUUCUGAAAAAAAAGAGCUAUGUAGCUCUGUGGGCCUUGCCUGGUAACAUACACAAAAUAAUCAUCGUGGUCAGAAAUAUUUUCAGUUUUUCUUCCACGUGUUCGAAAAUGCCUUCGGUAGGUAACGUAAGCCAACGUGGGACUCCGCAAACUGUUUUGCUUCGUGGGGAAAAUCGGAUUUGGUUUGGCGAACCACAUUUUCGGACGAAUAACUUAUUUCUUUUACGGUCUCAAUUGUUGCGGCAGAGCCUGAACGGGUUUCCCCGUGAAUGCCAAAGCACGCGUUGCACUGCAGCCAAGUGCCAAUCAUCCUCUCUCCGCCCAUCGCUCACCAAGCUGUACAUUCCUCGCCUGCUCUAUCGCUCCAUCACACGUGCGUGCGUGCUACGUGCUGCGUGUUGGGUACUGUACGAAAUGGCUGUACAUUUGCUCUGCCGGUCGUGUAACGUUGCCUUCGUCGGUGAAGUGUACACUUUUUUUUGCGCGGUCGUUUACUCGGAAUGUUUGCGAAUUUUAAAACGAGGCGGCAACAUCAGUGGGGAAUUCUGGGAUUGUUAAGUGGGACACCACCAGAGUGGCGACUUCUGGGAUUUUUUUUUAAAGGAUGGUGGCACCUUCUUGGAAUUUUCGCAAAUGUUUGAAACGGAGGAUGCCCCUGGUGAUAUUACUGUAUUCUAAAGGUGGGCUGGUGGCUUUUAUAUUUAUCUAUGUAUUUCUAGUGUGGUUCUAAUGAAAGUUUUAUUUUUAAAAGAAAUAUGAUGUAAUAGUACGUAGUAUUUUAUUAAGUUUAUAUGUGGCGAUUUGCAAGUUACCUCUUAAAUUAUGGUAGCUUUGAUUUCAAAGAAAACGACCGCUAAUUAAACCUGCAGUUUGGAAAAUGACUGAUAUAUGUUCUAUCUCCGUGAGCA